GACCACGCACAUCACUAACCGCCAGUCAGCUGUGGCUGCCUUUAAUUGGAAAAAAUGUCUUCAACAUUAAUUAAAUGUUUUAAUUUGGCAAAAACUGUGGGCACAGUUACUUUCAAGAGUUUGCUAACGACGUCUCAAAACCAAUUACCAGCAUGGAGACCGGCAGUAGUUGGAGGUGUCCUGAAAUGCGGCUUGCAUACGACGCAAUGCGCGCGACAGGAGCGCAAGGAACCACUCAUGGAGUUCUUUGACAAUCCAAAGCAUUGGAGCGAGAACGAAGUGAAAGUGGGACGUGCCUGGAAACUGGAUGAAUUGCGCAUCAAGUCCAAUAAGGAUCUGCAUCAGCUGUGGUACAUUCUGCUCAAGGAGCGUAACAUGCUGUACACAAUGGAGCACGAGUGCAACGACAAAAUGGAAAUCUUUCCCAAUCCCGAGCGCAUCGAUAAGGUCAAGAUAUCCAUGGAGAAUCUGGAGACAGUUGUCCGCGAGCGAAACAAAGCCUAUCAUUUGCUGGAAACUGGCGAAACGGGCGAACGUCCCCAAAAGCUGGUGCACAACGCCUUCGGCCUCCGCUGUACCUACAGAUCCUGUGAGCAUGUCCUGCCGCCCUUCAUGAACACCAAAUGGAUUAAGUCGCGUCAUCUCGGCUUCGGCGGACGCGCUGUUCACAAAUUUCUGCUGCAAUAUCGCGAGAAGCUUUACAAUGCCAAACGCAAAGCCAAAAAUCGCUCACGCAACGAGGUCAUGAUGAUCCUACGGCGUAAUCCCAAUUUCGACCUGGAGCUGUUGAAGCGCAAAUUCCCCGAUGUGGAGAUCGACAAGCUACGCCACAGCGAUAAGGCGCGCGGCCAUUUCGUGCCGAAAGUGGAUGGCUAAGGAUCAUUUAUUGUGCUGGUCCACCUACUGUUAAAAGUAAAAGUAACCUUAAUAUACAUUUUAA